AUGGGUGGGUUUGGCGCGGGGACCCAUUUGGAAGCCUUCCAUUUUCGUAUCAACUUGGCCCAAGUUGAUAAAAAAUCUAACCCCAGUUACCAUGAUGCGAUACUAUCUGUGCUUCAAAGCGUGCUUGCUCAGGAUUGUGCUACCAACUGUGGCCACGAUCAAGAGCCAAGUUACGACUCAAACGAGCACUUAAGCACUGGGUCCCACUUUCAAUUCGCCAAUGGACUACCCACUCCUCCGGAGAGCGUACGAGCUCCGCAUCUGGAAGGUUUUACAGCGGUGAAGUUGCCGAUCGUUGAAGGCUGCCAGGGGAACCAUGACCUAAAAGAAUCGACCAUGGCCUCGCAAGAGGCCCUGUCACAAUCAGAUCAAGAUGAACUGCCGAUAAUUUUGAGUUGGAUACCAACGAAGGAUCAAAUGUCGAAAUGCUCGGACUUUGAACGGUCGAGAAAGAAGACGUGGCGGAAAACGGUGAGCUCCGGUCUCAAAGAGCCAAAAUCGAACCGAGGAGUGACCCACGAUGGUCUUCUGACAGCUGGGAUGUUGCAAAUAAUUGACCGUAUAGGUGAAGCCCGGGUGCUGGAAGGGCUGAGAGACACAAUCACCGAGCUAAACGUAGGGUCUCAAAAAGAUUGGCAAAGUUUCGACGAACGAUGCAGUGAAAGGAUUCCAAAACAUUUGACGGAUCAACCCGACUCAAUACGGCAAUUGUGGCUCCUGAAAGAAAAACUUGACCUCACUGAAGCCAAUGAGCAGAUAUCUCGGCUACGGAAAAGAUUAACUUUGGCAGAUUUCUCCCAAGCUUACGACUUGUGCGCCUCACAAUAUUUGAACAUGAAGAGUGGCAUCCGGCGCCCACGGUCUAGACCGGGCCAACAGGAUUCUAAGACGCCGGCCGGCGGCGAAGCUCGCAAUUCGCAACACAAACGAGCGGCCAUGGAUCAUUUCGUGGACCUUCUAUUCCCAAACGCCUUACCAAGCGGCAAGACGAGCAAAGCGGCGCGGAGAAGAGGUGCGGUGACCAGAUACGCGGCUGUCAGGAAGAUCCAGAACUGGAGGGCGGCAGGGCAGCCAUGGGCGAACAUCUUCAAGCGCUUUGGGAAAGGAAUACUCUUGCUCAUACCGGACGAAGUAUCAGACGAAUACAUGCGAACCAUGUCAAAGGCAGCUCUAUCGGCUUUUCUGGAUCGCGUUGAGCUACGACUGGCAGGCCGAGCGGACUUUUUGCAUACAUUGACGUCCUUAGUGGACACUUUCUACACCAGCCACGCCCUACCUCACGGCACCCUCUCGAAAGGAUGUCUUCCGGGGAUGUUGUACAAUGCGAGAACCAGCCCUCAAGUACGGAGGACCGAUUCGGAUUCGCCAUCCGCUUUUCUCGACACAGGCACAACAUCAUGGAGUUAUUUCGACCAAUCAAACAAUGUCGACCAACAUCAAUGUGCAGAGUCUGGUUUUGUCUUCGACCUGCCGGUGGAUGCGGAUAAGAUGGACCUAUACGUGGGGGAGUCGUCCUCGCAAUUCGCUCUAGCUCCCCAUGAGACCUUUCGGGAGGCUCCUUACACCACGUUCCUGUCACAUCUUGCUGGAGAGACAGAUUUAUCAGCUGACCUUUGUUCCGCCUUUGUGUCCGGAGAUGAUGAUUUUCAGCUACCUCCGAAUGAAGGGGCAAGCAUUUUAGAUGUUGAUGUUGACGCAUUCCUGGCAAAGUCUCCCACGGUGCCGUCCCUGACCGCAGAUACGCCCAGAGCUCAUCCACCAUGUCGAGUAUCCAGAUCGGCGAAUUCGUCAUUUUGCGAGUAUCAUGACAGCGAUGCGCUCUAUGUUGGCAUGGAUUCUCCCAAUGCGAACUGCAAGGACGUGUUUGACUUUCUCAAUUUGUCAGAGGAUGGCGACUGA